CUUGCAUAUGAGGCCAGCCUGCGUGCUGCAGUACGCAAAUGCUUCCGCCACCGCCCGCACGCUCCCCGCUAGCAGUACGGCGGUCUCUUGCGCGGCAACGAGUCUCGCAAUUGCACUUAUUCGCGAGUAUUAACCGACAAGUCGUUGCACAAACCAACAAUACGCGCCUUAUGUCUGCUAACGGUCACGUCAGCCCAACGCGCACCCCGAGGCACCGUGCGCAAGGGACGCAGUCCCACAUACCCCAUCCCCCGCCCGAAGACCAUCCGACGCACGAGACGCGUGGGAUCCCCGAUACUGGAUGGCGUGGUGAGCUGCCAAGCAUGAAGGGCGGUACAUACGAGCAAGACUACAUGCGCAAGCCACCAUACGAGUGGAAGAGCGAAGGCGGCCUGUUCAAGGCGAAAUACUAUCGUAGGUCGCCCCCUCUCAUGCUAUUGACCCAGUGCUGGUGCGGCCAUGUCGCGUUUGAAUCCACGCACUGCCACUGUCGGCAAUGCCAGCGUUUGCACGGAGCACCAUUCCAAUGGGCGGUGAUUUUCCCCAAGGUCAUAUAUCACCUACUCGGAUGCAACCGUGCACUCACCCGUGCCCGCGGACAGACUUCCGCCAGGAUGGACAGACUGCUGAGCAUAGGCCGCAACACCGUGCUCGCGUACCCGGCGUCGUUUCGCUUCAAGGACGGGCAACAUCCACUGGACUUCCAGCCCACUGCGCACAUCUUCUACGGUCAGCGAACCAUGCCGAAAUACAAGGGCAAGCCGAACGCGUAUUCAAAGGCGGAGAAGGAGGACCAAGGGCCGGAGCUCGCAUAAGACUGGCGAGAGGUCGUCGUGGUGAACAUCACCUCUCAGUACUGCACAAUAGUCACAUCCGUCUUCAAGAUCAUAGAAUCAGCACCGUCACGUACUUCAUCGAAUGCAGGUGACUCUGACUUGACCAAGGAAUAGAAUCGAAGCAUUGGGUUUCUGUCAAGUGCAAUCGUUUCCAAAAUGCCUUAGCUCGAGCCUCGCGUCAAACAUGUAAGUUGAGUGAAUGCCAAAACAAGAUGACGGUGAAAGCUGGC